UAACCUGUACACCUUACAAUCAUCUGACGAUGUUUAUAAAUAUGCAAACUUGACAUAUUCUCUUUAAGACUUGACUAAAUCGUUGUUAAUGAACGAUGUAGAAGGACGAACGUGACCGGCCACAUUCCUGUAAUGCAGCCUAAAUUUAUUUUGAAAUAAUUUGACUAGAUUAUUUAUAGCAUAAAAUUAAGAAGAUUGUAAAAUGACAACUAGCCAAAGUGGGCACGAUCACUCUCUUGCAAUCAGACAAGAGAUCCAACGUUUCGAAAGUGUACACCCGUCGAUUUAUGCUAUAUACGAUUUAAUUGAUCUCAUUUCUGAUGCUCAUAUUGCAAAACAAAUCCGAGAGCAUGUUGUUGCUAUCGAAGACUCAUUCGUUAACAGUCACGAGUGGACAUUGGCUAGAGACGUACCAGAGUUACAUCUGGGAAUUAUUGGUUCUUCUGAUUCUGGAAAGUCUGCACUGGUACAUAGAUAUCUUACAGGAUCAUUUAUGCACGAAGAAUCUCCAGAAGGUGGUCGUUUUAAGAAAGAAGUUUUUAUUAACGACCAGAGCUACCUUUUAUUAAUUAGAGAUGAAGGUGGAAUACCAGAGUCGCAGUUUUUGGCAUGGAUAGACGCAGUAUUAUUUGUCUUCAGUUUGGAAAGCGAAGAAAGUUUUUCGGUGGGUUGUAGUUAUUACAAUCGUAUGUGUUCUUUCCGAAAUAUGUCUGACGUACCAAAAAUACUCGUAGGAGUACAAGAUUCAAUUAAUGAUAGUCAUCCCCGGGUUGUUAAUGACAUCAGACCGAGAAAGUUAGCUUGUGAUCUUAGAUGCCCUUAUUAUGAAACAUGUGCUAUAUAUGGCCUUAAUGUUGAACGAGUUUUUCAAGAUGUAUGUCAACAAAUUAUCCAAAAGAUGUCUGCAAAACAUCCCCGACACAAUGGACAACACACGGCAGAAAACGAAAUAAAAUACUCAAUGCCCGUAAUUACAAAGAGUGUACAGCUACCUACCAAAGAUAUGGAUAGUGGCAGUCUAAAAGUAAAUCUAUCGGAAAAGGAAGACGAUAUCGUUAAGUCUGCCCACGAUAACAUAGCUCAAACGGAUUUAACGGUGACUAACGAUAGUUUCCAAUAUGUGCAAAAUCAGCAUGGAGAGUUUCGUUCAUCUAUCUUAACCCCUACGACUAUCAGAAAAUUCCGACGAAAAUCCAACUUAUUUACUCCUUCAAAAAAAGAAAAAUAUAACAUGGGGGAAAUGGGCGUAGGUAGAGAAAUUCCUGUUAAGCAAGGAUAUUUAUUUAAAAGAAGUAGCAAGUCUUUGAAAGAGUGGAAAAAGAAAUAUGUUACCUUGCUAGAAGAUGGACGACUGACUUAUCAUUCAAGUCUACACGAUUAUAUGAAUGAUACUAAUGGUAAAGAAAUAUUGCUACAAUAUGUAACCGUUAAAGUGCCAGGAAAAACUCCUAAAGGGUCCAAAUCAACCGCAGCUCAAGAAGAUAGUUUUGAAUUUUCCAUAAUUUCAUUGGAAAACAAGACUUGGCAUUUUGAGGGGAAUAGUGCAGAGGACAGGGAUAGUUGGAUCACUGCGAUAGAACAACAAAUUUUAUCCAGCUUACAAAAUAGUGAUACUGAUAAGAAAAAUGAGACCGACACUUUCAAAAUGCACUGUAUUAAAAACAAAAUAUCCGGAAAUGACGCAUGCGUUGAUUGUGGAGCCGCGAAUCCAGAUUGGGCCAGUUUAAAUAUAGGCGUUUUAAUGUGCAUCGAGUGUUCUGGAAUACACAGAAACUUAGGAUCUCAUAUAUCAAAAGUUCGAUCAUUGGAUUUAGAUGAUUGGUCGGCAGGCCAACUGAGUGUAAUGUUAGCUCUUGGUAAUGACAUAGCUAACAGUGUUUGGGAAUAUUGUUUAAACGGAAAACAGAAACCAACCGCAGAUUCAUCCAGAGAAGAGAAGGAACAAUGGAUCAGGUGGAAGUACGAAGAAAAAGUUUUCCUUCCACCAAUUAAUCCAAACAUCUCUCUGGGGAAGUUAUUAAUAGAUUCGGUUUGCCGAGGAGAUAUGAGAGCGUUCACAUUGUGUUUGGCUAGAUGUACCCACGAAGAUAUCAACAUUUCCGUCAGCGCGGAAGAUCUGCGAACACCUCUUCACCUUGCUUGUGCUACAGGGAAUCUGGCGAUGGCGCAACUUUUAAUAUGGCAUAAAGCUAAUCCGCAAAACCUCGAUCAUGAGGGACGUACGUGCAUGUCGUAUGUUCGAGCACUCGAGAGGACUCUCGACAAUACGUCAGACUCAAUGGAAAUGCAGAAACUUCUCGAGGUAUUGGAACAAGCGAGAAUAAGUGGCCACGAAGAUGCGGAAACGACCCAGUAUUGAACAACUUUGUAAGGUGUUUUAACAGGAGACGCUGGUGAGUCAUUUCGACGACACUUGUUAUUAUGUACUUAUACAGAAUGCCUCCAAAGGUUUUUGUGUUUAUUAAGGGUAGGCACGAUCGAUUUAACGACGAGUUGAUAAUCAAUCAGCCAAGACUCGCACCGGGUUCAAAUCGCGAUACCGAGACGUGUUUUUUAAGCAAAGGAACAGCCUUUGGUUUUUAUAAAGGUAGAUUUUGUUGAGUUGCAUAAAAUAUAGCAAGCAUUCGGGUAAUCUGAUUUGUAUGCUUUUAUUAUUUAUAUAGACCCGGACAUUUUCAAUCAUUCCACUGUGGAUCGGUAGACAACGUCAAAUCCAGUUACCAAUGGCGUGGAGGAACUAGCACGUCAUUAAAAAAACAUCCAAGGAGACUUUAAGAAUCUUGAUUGUCUUAUGGUCUUGCUUGUAUACGCUUGAUCAAUACAACUAGACAUUUACUGCGUUCUCUUCAUCUUAACGUUUCUUGACAUCACUUGGAUUUGCUUUUUUCUUUUUCUAGACCGCGAGGGUUCCUUCAAACCACUGAUAAUUUAAAAUGACGUAAUUUUUAACCCACUGGAAAAGAAUUGUAAAUGCCUGAUUUAAUUCUUUUAAUAACAUUUACAACACUUACAUCCCAUUCGGGGUGCUUAGAAUGGCUGUCUUGUAUAUGUACUUGUGUUUUGAACAUUAGCUAAGACAACGAUUACUUAUACUUGUUUUGGUAUCCAAUUCAAAUGGGCUUGACAUUUGAAACAAAAACAUUAACGAAAUCGAGUGUGUAUUGCCAAUAACCAAGAAGUACAAAACACUCACAAAUCUAACUAUAUUUAUAGAUUGAAUGUAUUUAAAAUAUGCUUUUACACUCUUUAUGUUAACAAAAUAUACAGUAGUCUUAAAA